CUUCCCUCUUCUCUCUCCCCUCACCUCUCUCCUCCCUUCCCUCGCCUCGCUCCUCUCUGUCCCGAUCGAGCAGCAGCGGCCGAGCCCUGACCGAGCCGCCCUCCCCCGACCCUCCUGCACCGACCGCGCCUCGCAGCUCGGCGCCCAGGCGGACCGACGCCGGCCACCCAUUCCGCAUUCCACCGAAACCUCCCCGACCUUGUCGGGUGCGCUGCUCCUGCCACCGUGCCUCGCUGCCGUCCCAAGCGGCGGCGGCCAGGAACCGGACAAGGAGAUGACGUCUGCGGCUAUCGCUGGUGGCGUCAAGGAGUGCGCUUCCUGCGGCUGCCGGGAAGACGACGAAGGCUAUGCCGUGGGGUACGACGACGACGAGGUGUUCAACCACGCGUCGUUCUCGCGGCUCCUGCGGAAGGCGUCACUCGGGGAGGCUAGAGAGUAUUCCAUGAUGUCCUAUCUCUGCAACAUCACCUACAUGAUUCCCAGAAUUCAGCCAAAAUGUCUUCGGAGAUACAAUCUGCAGUUCGUGACGUCGUCAGUGCAAGACAAGGCCGGAGCUAGCCCUGACCAGAAGCAGGAGCGUAGCACCAAGAAAGACAAAUCUGGCGAUCAAUAAUCCGAAGCUGUCGGCGAUGUAGUGCCACGAAAGGGUGUUUGCAAAUAUGUGCAAAACGUAAUAACAUGUGUAGGUUUUGUGAAUGAUUUUGUUGUGGUGCUUGUUGAUGGUUUAUGUGAUGUG